AUGGAAUCAACGACAUUAUCCAACAUUUUAGACGCAAUUAAUUUACAAAAGAGGAUGUUACUUGUAACUGGAUGUUGGCCAGUCCGAAAUCCUUCAUUUGCAUAUCGCUGCAAAUAUUUCUUGUCCUGGUCGAUUGAUAUAUCUUUUCAGUUCUUUCUCUUCGGCGAACUGUAUAAAAACUUCACUACAGGUGAAUACAAAGAAAUGACAGAAUUGUUGUCAUUUAUGGCGUCUGAGGUUCCAUACUUGUUCAAGCAUUUAUUCUUCGACUGGAAUAGGAACAGAUUUAUGGAUGCCUUGGACAAACUAAACAAGCCGAUGUUUAAUGACUAUCCAAAAGUGUGCGACGUCUAUGUCCAAGAGACUAUAAAAUAUGCACGUAUAUUUAUGCGUUUUUAUCAAUUUACGGUGAUAAACCUAGUGCUGUUGUAUUUUCUCAAACCAUUUUUUUCACAACAAAUGGCUAUUCGCUUUUCGGUAUUUGACUUUGGAUCGUUUUGGUGGUUCUUUCAUGUGUAUCAGGUAAUGUGCAUUGGCAUUGCUUGUUACAACAAUUCUACGUUUGAUAUUCUUGCCUUGGGGAUUAUUUCAAUUGGGAGUGCGCAAUUCGAGAUUCUUCGAGAUAAAUUAAUCAAUGCUACAAAAUGGGCAGAUUUGAAGAAUGCUGAUAUUGACAACGGCAGUGUUAAUGUAGAACUUGAAAUGGAUGAAGUUUUGGAUAAGAAAAUUAAUCGCUAUUUAGGCCAGUGUGUCAAACAUCAUUUGGGUAUCUUGGAGUACGCAGCUGAGAUUGAGUAUACUUAUACGUAUUACUUUCUUGUGCAAUUUGUGGAUAGUGUUCUGGCUAUUUGCAAUACAUGGUUUCAGUUUUUGCUGGAAGAUCAAUUAAUCAAAAUUAUGUUUUUAACAUUUUACACUUGUACACUUUUGAUGCAAUUGGGCAUGUACUGCAUUUAUGGUAAUAAUUUAAUGUUAAAGAGCGAAGAGAUACGCGAUGCCUGUUAUUCGUCAAAUUGGUAUCAGUCAGGUACAAAAGUCCGUAAAAGUUUAAUGCUAAUUAUGGAAAGAUCAAAACGACCAACAGUUUUGACGGCAGGAAAAUUUUCUGUGUUAAAUUUAGCAACAUACGCAGGACUUAUUAAAAUGUCCUAUUCAUAUUUUGCACUUAUGAAUCGAUUAUAUGGUGAUUAA